AGCAUGUCUUCCUCAUCUUCGACAACAGACAGCAAGCGCUGGACAGCUUUUCACUCGGCCCUGCAAGUCGCCAUACAGCAGGCUGCUCACAAGUGGUCAUACGAAGACUUUGCUCAAUGCUUCUCGGUAUGGUGUAGCGAGGACCCAGAGGGCGCGCAGGCGGUGUUCAACGCUGUCUCGCGGCAUAUGGAAUCCCAAGUCACCGCUAGUUGUGAAACUCUCUUCUCUGAGCAGCACGCGCGCGAAGGCGUCAACAUCCUGCACGCUGUCGUUACCGAAGCCCGUGUACGCAAGAAACAAGGCGAGACCGACCGCCUCGACAUCUGGCGUGAGAGCCUCGACCCGCGCAGCGCGGUGCGCGCCCGCGGUGUCAGGGUUAUGGAGGCAGAGGUGGAACGGCUGAGGGCAACGCUGAGUAGAAUGGAACAGGAAAACUUGACACUCAGCCGACAGAUAAAGGAGGACGACGCAAACGCGCAGGAGGCAGAGGAGAAGGCGAACGAGCUGUUGGAUCUGUUUGACGACGUAUACGAAAAGUGGAGCAAGCUCCCACAGGACGAUAUCAGUCUUUGGACUCUACAGGCAGCAGAAGCGCUGGACGCGACAGAGACACCAUAACGCAGCGAAAGAUGGAAUUAGUUCAGAGUGGGCGUUGCCACGUUCUUGCUUUCUUUCGAUAUUAUCAUCUGUACUCUAUAAUCACGCAUAUAUCCGUAGCGUCUUCGUCGCGCUUGUAUUCUACUCGUUCACUUCGUCGUCACGAACGCCCUUCAUGAACC